AUGGUGCUCGGUGGACUGCUGGCGUCGCUGAGCCAGAUUGGGAAGGAUCCUGACACGGGCGGGGUGGAGUUUUGGCGCGACGCCGCGCGCGCGGGUUGGCUCACGAAGCGAGGCGACGUCAUUCGCACCUGGCGCCGCCGCUGGUUCGUCUUGAAGGAUGGCAAGCUCUUCUGGUUUCUGGAUCCGAGCCACGUCACCCCGGAGAGCAAAACGCGAGGCGUUAUCGAUUUACGCUACUGUCUCUCCUCCACGAGCGCGUGCGAUAAGACCGGGAAGGAGGCUUCGUUCGAGAUCACGUGCAUGGGCGAGUCCCACCUCUUCAUCUGCGAAACCGUCGCCGAGAAGGACGCGUGGCUCAGUAGCAUCGGAUCGUGCAUCGCUCGCGCCUCCCGCGGCGCCGCGGAUGAUCAUUCGUUUUAG